AUGUCGCAUUCCGACAUGGAUAUGUCCUCAGACUCCAUGUCCUCUGGCUCGAUGACCAUGGCCAUGAUCUUCACCACUUCACACCGUACUCCUCUCUUCUCAAACUCAUGGACACCCACUUCUGACGGCGGCUAUGCUGGCACCUGCAUGUUCCUUGUCAUUCUGGCAACGAUAUUGCGCUCUCUUUUUGCACUGAAGGCAGUUUCGGAGCAAAGAUGGCUGGCUGCCGCGCGAAAGCGCCGUUAUGUUUUGGUCAGAGGCAGAUCUACCGAAGCCGCCAGGAUUGAUCAGGAUCCUGAUGCGAAAAUUGGCUCUCUUGUCACUGCUCGGGGCGUCGAAGAGAAUGUCAAGGUGGUCCAGGCGAGGGUGGGAGACGUCGUCCCUUUUCGUCUGUCGGUCGAUGUUCCUCGGGCGAUCCUGACCACUAUUAUUGCUGGAGUGUCAUAUUUGCUAAUGUUGGCUGUCAUGACCAUGAACGUUGGUUACUUUCUCUCUGUGCUUGCAGGUACCUUGGUGGGCGAGCUUGCAGUGGGCAGAUACGCCCAGAUUGAUGAGCAUUUGCAUUGA